UCAAUUCAGUUAAUGAGAAACUUCGGCUUGGGAAAGAGUCAACGUGCUGGCUGCUGAGAGGCUUUCGCUCUGCAGUGGGACAGGAAAGGGCAGGAAACCCCCAGGGUGUGAAGAGUUGAGCCAGGGGCUGAGGGCUGCAAGGAGACCGUGGGACCAUGGCCAAGCUGGUGGAAUGCAUCCCCAACUUCUCAGAGGGGAAUAACAAAGAGGUGAUCGAUGCAGUGGCACAGGCCAUCUCCCGGACACUGGGAUGUGUGCUGCUGGACAUGGAUGCCGGUGCCUCCACCAACUGCACCGUCUACACCUUUGUGGGGUCCCCUGAGGCCGUGGUGGAAGGGGCAUUGAGCUCAGUCCAUGUGGCUGGGCAGCUCAUUGACAUGAGCCACCACUCGGGAGAGCACCCUCGGAUGGGGGCCUUGGACGUCUGCCCCUUUGUGCCAGUGAGAAACAUCAGCAUGGAGGAGUGUGUCACUUGUGCACAUAUCUUUGGGAAGUGCUUGGCAGCAGAGCUGGGUGUACCUGUUUACCUGUAUGGAGCGGCAGCAUGGCACGAGAGCAGGAAAGCCCUGCCCUCCAUCCGUGCUGGGGAGUAUGAGGUGCUCCCUGAGAAGCUUGCAAAACCAGAGUGGGCUUCUGAUUUUGGGCCCCCAACUUUUGUCCCCUGGUGGGGAGCCACAGUGACGGGUGCCCGGACCUUCCUUAUUGCGUACAACAUCAACCCUUGCACCAAGGAGCAGGCUCACCGCAUCGCCCUCAACAUCUGUGAGCAGGGCUGCGGCCCCAGCCAGCCCAGGCGCUUGAAAAAGAUGCAGGGCAUUGGCUGGUAUUUGGAGGAGAAGAACAUCGCCCAGGUUUUGACGAACCUGCUGAACUUUGAGACCACGCCACUCCACACCGUCUAUGAGGAGACCUGCCGAGAUGCACAGGAACUGAAUCUCCCUGUGGUGGGGUCUCAGUUAGCAGGGCUCGUUCCCAAGAAGGCCAUGCUGGAUGCAGCUGACUUUUACAUUAAGAAGGAAAAACUCUUCAUCCUGGAAGAUGAACAGAAGAUCAGGCUGAUAAUCAAUCGUCUGGGCCUGGACUCCCUGUCUGCAUUUCACCCCUGGGAGCGCAUCAUCGAGUACUUGGUAGAAGCAGGAGAGGUGGACAGGGGGCUGGUGGCCAAGCCACUGGGUGCCUUUGUGCGAGCAGUCGGAGCAAGGUCAGCAGCGCCAGGAGGAGGCUCCGUGUCUGCAGCUGUGUGAGCCCUGGGAGCAGCGCUGGGCAGCAUGGUGGGGCUGAUGAGCUACGGGAAGUGGUAGUUUGAGGAUCUGGACCCCAUCAUGAGGAAGCUGGUCCCCGCUGUCCACCAGACCAUGGAGGAGCUGGUGGCAAUGGUGGAUGCUGACUCCUGUGCCUUCAGGAGCUACAUGGAAGCCAUGAAGCUGCCCAAGAACACCCCUGAGGAGUGGGAUGGAUGAGCUGGGUUGGUGGGGACUGGCUGACUGUGGGGGCACAGCCACACAGCGCUCAACCCAGGGCUGUCCCCCCUCCCAGGCGCACAGCUGCCAUGCAGCAGGGGCUGAAGAUGGCCAUGGGGGUGCCCUGUGGCCUGGCAGAGAAGGUGAAUGGGCUCUGGCCUGCUCUGAAGGAGCUGGCACAACACUGCAACCUGGUCUGCAAAUCUGACAUCCAGAUGUCACAGAAGGUGUCUGGGCUGCUGGAAGAGGCGAAGCAAGGCUCGGCAGUCGUGCUGGCACUGCUGGACAAGCGGGUGGCCUGAGAAGAGCUUGGGAGUGCUCUGUCGGUUCUGCAGUAGCAAAUACAGCUGGGAAAUACUCUUGGCCUUGCCUAGGCUCUGUUGGUAGUCACCUCUGGAGAGCUGUGUGAAAAACACGUUCACUCUCCUGUGAAAAUUUAAAAACUGUAAUAAAGGACAAUAGGAGACAAGGACCACAAAGCAAAGGUUAUUACGGCCAGGUGCAUCUUGGUACUCAGCCAAGACCACACUGUCACCUUUGGGGAUACCCCUAAAAUAUCUUUUCCCUUAUAUCAGCCUGUUGCAUAUUCAUAGAAUCUUAUGUAUAUCUAUAAACUAGUUUACAUUUUCCAGGAACUAUUUCACAUGGCCCCUCCUUUGGUCUGCCGUUUUAGAGCAUGCGUGUUUCUUGGCUCUGGUUUUGACUCCUUCUCCUAAUCACUUCCAGUUUGGGCCUUGGUCCAUGCUUUCUUCAGAUGGUGAGUGCUGAUAGUUGGCAUAUCUGUAGAAUGUGUCCUUAUCCUGUGUUCAUUGAAUGUUAUCCCAUCCAAGCAGGCGUUUUAACACAAGCAUCGCUAUUUUACUAUGUCUAAGUGAAAUUAAUUAGCAGUAAAAAUACAAACAAUA